CUCUCUCUCUCUCUCUGUAGCUCGUCACGUGACUCUUAUGUUGAUGUUAUUCAAAUGCUGAGCCCGCGACCUGAGGUCACAGACUCACCAGAUCCAGUAGCACAGGAUCAUCUGCCAGUGAGCUACGUUCGCGGCACUUUGUUAACAGAGAACAUAACAUCAUACAAUAAUGAGAAAUUACCAUUGUCCCAGGCUGCUAUCGAGACUGAAAUUGGAUGAAUUUGAGAAACUACAUUGGCCUGGUUGUGAUCUAGUUCAGAAGUGUUACAGCACCCAUAGCACUGUAACAGCUGGAACAUCAGACCCCAAAUUAUUUAAACACAUACCUGGACCCAAAUCACUACCACUGAUAGGAACUUUGUUAAAUUAUGUUCCACUACUUGGUGACUAUAAGUUUGACAGAUUGCAUCGAAAUGGAAUGAAGAAGUUGAAGAAAUAUGGAAAGCUUGUGAAAGAAGAAAUUGUACCUGGUGUUAAUGUUGUAUGGGUCUUUGACCCAUCUGAUAUUGAAACAGUAUUCAAAAGUGAGGGACGAUAUCCAGAGCGCCGAAGUCAUCUUGCAGUGGAAAAGUACCGACGAGAGAGACCUGAAAUCUAUAGCAAUGGCGGUCUUUUGCCUACGAAUGGAGCAGAUUGGUGGCACCUGAGAAGUAAAUUUCAGCAAGCAUUGAGUCGACCCCAAAAUGUUAAGCUGUACAUAGAACAAACUGAUGCUGUAAUUCAAGAAUUUAUAGAACUGGUCAGAAGACAUUCAAAAUCUCGAAAACCACAUGAUUAUCUACAUGAUUUGUCUCAUCUUUUCAUGGAAUUGGUGGGGUUAGUGGCAUUUGACGUUAAUUUAGGCAGUCUUACUGAAGAAGGACUGAAAAAUGAAUCUCGAUCAUCAAAACUGAUUAAAGCUGCAGAGACUACUAAUAGCUGUGUUGUGGAACUAGACAAUGGAUUACAGCUGUGGAAAUUCAUGGAAACUCCACUGUACAAGAAGUUCAAGAUAGCUUAUCAUUUUAUGGAGAGUGUUGCAUUGGAGCUGGUCUCACAGAAAGCUACAGCUAUGGAAAAAGGAUGGAAGCGAAAUGAUGGACAUCAGGCCUCUCUUCUAGAACAGUAUCUCUUAUCACGUGAUUUAAGCCAUAAGGAUAUUGUAGGGAUGGCAGUUGACAUGAUUUUAGCUGGAAUGGACACAACAUCUUAUUCAUCAUCAUUUGCCCUGUACCAUCUAGCUAUGAACCCAGAAAGCCAGAAGCUCAUGCAUCAAGAGGCACUGAAACUUCUUCCAGAAAAGAGUACUCCUGUGACAUCGAAAGUGCUUAAUCAGGCAUCCUAUACAAAGGCUGCCUUAAAGGAGACAUUUCGACUCAAUCCAAUUUCUGUGGGAAUUGGGAGGAUACUGGCACAUGAUGCUGUUCUUUCUGGAUUCCAUGUACCAGCAGGGACUGUAGUUGUGACACAAAAUCAAGUAUCAUGUCGGCUACCAGAGUACUUCCCAGAUCCUGAUCGCUUUGUCCCAGAAAGGUGGCUGAAAGGACAUGCUUUGUAUCAUGGUAGUGUCAGCCCAUAUCUGGUACUUCCUUUUGGGCAUGGACCACGCAGCUGUAUUGCUCGCCGCCUAGCAGAGCAAAAUAUGCAAAUUCUGUUGCUGAAGGUCUGUCGCAACUUCAAGAUAGGCUGGAGUGGUGGAAUUUUGGAUGUUAGGACCCAGCCAGUAAAUAAGCCUGAUGAACCAGUAUUAUUGACAUUUGAUGAAUAUUGACAUACUUUGUGUUUUGUUGGUGUAUUAAGUUCUCUGUAAAAUAUUUGCAAAAUUAAAUUGAACUUCAUUGUA